AUGCCACGACGUCACGCAGGCUUGGACGACUAUGCCUCUGCAAUUCCACAGAUCAUUCUUUCUUCAACAGAUUCCGACUUUCUUGACCAGCUCAUACCAAUACUCAAGGAUGCAGCGACAUCCAAGCGGACGCCGAUCCUAAUACAGUGCCUUACAAGGUAUUCAUACGACCGCGAGGCGGACAUAGAGCGCAUAGGGUUGACGAAGCACGAAGAAUUCCUUGAUUCCGUCUCUAAAUUACAGCUUGUCCGAGAAAGCACUGUCUCCUUGACGUCUGAAAUCCUCGAGCUCAACCAGUCCAUCCAAGCUAGCACCGAGAAGUUGGCUGAGCAAAAAGGUGCCCUGGUCAAUACCAAAGCAGUUCGCCAGAACAUUGCCGAUACAACAGAAGCCUUGAAAGAAUCGCUGAAAGUACUGCAUGCCGUCAACUCUGCCCACGAUUUGGUUCGUCAAAAGAACUAUUACUCCUCCCUCAAAUCCCUCGAGGAUUUACAAAACGAGCACCUGGUUCCAAUCAUACAAAAUCGAUAUGCCACACAGCAUCGACUAGCGGGUCUCAUUCAACAAUCGAUUCCUGCCUCUCGCAAGGCCAUUUCCGAAGCUGUCAUGACCGACUUGAGCACAUGGUUGUUUCGAGUCAGAGAGACAUCACAAUUUCUGGGCGAAGUGGCUUUCUACCAUACCGAAAUGCGAAGGACCCGGCAAAGACAAAGGGUUGAAGAGGACCAAUUCAUGGGGAAUUUUCGGUUGAACUCUUCCAUCGAACUUGUAUGCGACGAAAACCAAGAUUUUGAUGUGUUGAACAACGAGGAAUUACAAGUCAACUUCACACCUCUUUUUGAAGCUACGCACAUACACGAGGCUCUUGAUCAGAUCGAUCGAUUUCGAUCCGAAUACGCGACUACUAGGAAGCAGCAAAAAGACCUUUUGCUGCCAAACUCAGUUGAGCUCUUGGCUGAUGACGAGUCUUCUUUGAGCAGUCUGUUGGAGGGCAUCGCGGGAUUCGCGAUUAUUGAGAGGGAAACCCUACGUCGACUACCGCAUUUGCGGUCCGACGCCGAUGUCGAAGAACUGUGGGAGUCAAUGUGCAGUGCCGCAAUCAACCUUACUGCCCGAGCAUUGAAUGACAUUAGUAAUGCCGAGGUUCUGCUCAAAAUCAAAGGGGUCAUAGCAUUAUUCGUGCAAACUAUGGAAGGUUGGGGGUACCCUGUAUCUACUCUUGAUACCUUCUUGCUCACGCUUUUCGACAAAUAUGCCGAGCUACUUAAACAUCGAUUUAGUGAAGACUUUCAAGAGAUCGUAUCGACGGACGACUACAUGCCCAUGGCCAUCAACUCUCGAGAAGAAUAUGAAAAAGUCAUCAAUGUCAGCUGGUUUAUUCAGGCCCAGUCCAUUGACGAAGUCGCGUUCCCCUGUGUGUUACCAUUCUCGCAAAUGUAUCCCCUCUGCUGCAUUGACGUCAGGAAUUUUCUCAAUCAAUUCUAUUUCUUCUCCGAUGAUCACUUCCAGCAUACCGAAGUCAUUGAUGAGACCUUGCGAAAGUCGCUCGAUGAGUUAUUGACCGAAAAGGUUUGCCGCUCGCUCGUUGAAAGAUUAUCAUCGCAGUACCUGGGUCAAAUUGUUCAAAUUCUUAUCAAUCUUGAACAUUUCGAAAUUGCUUGUCAGGAACUAGAGCAACUUUUGAUCCGAGCGCGUUCCUCUUCAGCCGGGGGUCCGUUGAAGCUCAAUGCUACGGAAGAGUUCCGAAACAGUAAGAAGAUUGCCGAAAAGCGCAUCUUUGAGCUCGUCAACAGCAAGAUUGACGACCUCAUUGACACGGCAGAAUAUGACUGGUUGGCCGCCGAUGUGACCACAGAAACGAGCAAUUAUAUGCAAACGCUGACCCGAUAUCUUUCCAACAUCAUGAACUCGACCCUUUUGGGAUUGCCGCGCGAGAUCAAGGAGCUCAUUUAUUUCGAUGCAUUGUCACAUGCUGCCAACAAAAUUCUGGCCCUGCCACUGGCUCCAGACAUCAAGCACAUAAACAGCAAUGGCGUCACUGCGUUAGCGCAAGAUGUGCAAUACUUGACCGAGUUCGUCAGCAGUUUGGAGAAUGGCCAAAUGCUUCGUGAAAACCUUGAGGAGCUUCAACAAACCAUCAGCUUGAUGGAAUCCGACAACCAUGAGGAAUUCUUCGACAUCUCCAUUCGUAAUAAAAAGUAUGGGCGAGUGGAUGCAAUAAACGGACCGAUGUUACUAGAAAAACUGACACCAGUACCGCAAUUGCCUGGCAGAGCCGCGCCAUUAUCCAACCUAUCCUCCAGGUUUGCUAUGAUGAAAUAG